GUACAAAUGGGUGAAAAGAAAAUUCAUUGUUUGUGUUGCGGUCCUCACCGAGUGCAUAGUUGAUGUCAGUGUCCACCGAAACAAUGGCAGACGACUCGGAGGGUGGAAGGAAAUUGAGGGCGAAAGAGAGGAAGAAGUAUAUCGACCAGGACAUUGACGAAGAUGACAUUGACGGCAAGCGCAUGUACAGUGUGGAGGAGAAGCUUCUCAGUGACAAGUUUACUGCGGAUAUGGUGCAGGAGCUCACAGGCCCAGAAUUUACCAUGGAGUGGAUGCAGAAAAAUGGGUUGGCUCGUCCUAUAGUGUUCUAUGACAAAACUGGCUUAGGACUACGGGUUCCAAGUGAAAACUUCAAAGUCAGUGACGUGAAGCAAUGUGUAGGGAGUCGACGUAUACUCGAUGUGAUGGAUGUGAACACCCAGAAAGCCAUGGAGAUGUCUAUGAAAGACUGGGUGAAGUACUAUGAGAACCCGGAGCGAGACAGACUGCUCAACGUCAUCAGCUUAGAGUUUUGCCACACCAGGCUCGAAAACUAUGUCGAAUCUCCCACUCUGGUUCGCCAAAUUGACUGGGUGGACCGUGCCUGGCCUCGGCACCUCAAGGAAUGUCAGACUGAGUCCACGAAUGUCAUCGAAAAGAUGAAGUACCCGAAAGUACAAAAAUAUUGUCUCAUGAGUGUGGCUGGGUGCUACACGGACUUCCACAUAGACUUUGGAGGCACUUCGGUCUGGUACCAUAUACUUCAUGGGGAAAAGAUCUUCUGGCUAGCUCCACCGUCCCCCAAGAACAUCGACUGCUACAUAGAGUGGACGUUGUCUGCCAAACAGGGCGACUCUUUUCUGGGGGACUCGCUGGAGCAGUGUCAGAGGAUCCAGCUCAGGGCUGGGUACACCUUUAUUAUACCUUCAGGUUGGAUUCAUGCUGUGUACACACCUAUUGACUCUUUGGUGUUUGGCGGCAAUUUCCUUCACAGUUUCAACAUAGAGAACCAGCUCUUGGUGUCCAGAAUUGAAGAUAAGACCUAUGUGCCUCCAAAAUUCCGAUAUCCUUUCUUUUCGGAGAUUAUGUGGUAUGUUGCCGAUCGCUACAUCCACUGCCUCACCGGCCGGACACAUCUGGCGUCUUGUGAGAAAGACGAACUGGAUGAGGACGACCACGGACUCAUCCAGGUGGAUGAAGAUUCUAGACCACCGUCCCGUAACCCAGACUCGCGGCCGCCUUCUCGCACCAUGGAUGACAGCUGUGACUCUGGCAAAAUCAAAUCAGAAAGUGGCGAGGACCCACCGAAACUCUCCAAAAGCGUAACGAUUGAGCUGACCCGCAUCGACGCCGCUCAGAGCCGAAUGCAGAGCGAGGAGGAGGGCGGCAUGCGGCCAUCCGGCAAACCCAAGUUGGGCCGGAAAGCAGCUUCCGACUCUAGCCUGGGCUGGGACGGGGGUGGGGGCUCUCUGUCCUCGGGCGGCGGUGGUGGGAACCGCAAGUGGGUGCACCUGACCACCACGGAGCUGAAGGGCCUCAAGCAGCUGGUGGACUACCUGGCCGGCCUGAUGGCUCUGCCGCCCAGCAAGAGGGGCGUACCCCGUGAGAUGCUGGACCCGGAGGCCGUGCUGAGGGAGAUUAGGCAAGUCUUAGAGGACCACAAGAACGAUGAUCAGACCUUGGCCUGGUCCGGAGAACCGUCCAUAGGUUGGCCAGAAUCUGCUAAGAAGAAACAGCAGAAGCUGAAGCUGGGCUACAAGACCUUCAAGACGGUGCGCACGCCCAAAGGCUCGGGGGCUUCCUCUUCCAGCAUCCGACGACGCAGGACUCGGUGCAAACAGUGCGAGGCCUGCACGCGCUCCGAGUGCGGCGAGUGUACUUUCUGCAAGGACAUGAAGAAGUUUGGUGGGCCGGGCCGCAUGAAGCAGACGUGUAUCAGCAGGCAGUGCAUGGCGCCUGUACUGCCCAGCUCGUCGGUGUGCCUCAUAUGUAACCAGGAGGGCCAGGAGAGCUCCCAGGACCCGGACGACGUCUCUAUGCAGCUCAUGGAGUGUGGCAUCUGCUGGGAGAUUGUGCACCCGGCCUGCCUGCAGAAAAAGUACGAAAAUCUGGACAAUGACGGUGCUGUCAACGAGGACUUGCCCAACAGCUGGGAGUGUUCUAAAUGUUGUAACGAGGGCAAGCAAGGUCAGCUGAAGCCGAGAGUUCGUCCAGGCAUUGGGUCCGUGAAAAAGUUCAAGAGUGAGGACCACAGGUCCUCGGCAGACAGCGACGGAAGUCAAGACGAUGACGUCCCUUUGCGGAUCAGCCCAGUGGAGGGCAAACGGGUUGUGUCAAAACCAGAAGCAGGCGGGGGCUCGCGGCAGCCUUACAUCAAAACGGAGCCCAACGGUGGUGGUCUGGAGGGCAAGCUGCAGUCUCCGACAGACCCCAAGAAAAUCUCCACUCUGGCAAAUGCGAAGGUGAAGCUGGAACCGGGCGGGUUUGCUCCUGGGAAGGAGGAUGGUCAGAGGAAGAGAAGUCCGGCCGGGCAGGCCGCGCCGAAGGAUGCUCAACGCAAACAUAUAAAAAAAGAACAGAUUUCUGCCCCCAGUUCCCCGUCUCAAGAUGAGGGCUCUCGUGGUGCUCGCAAGCGCCCCCUGGCGCCGGUCACAGUUUCAGGCGGCGGCGGCAACGGGAAGAGCAGCGUCCCGCUCCAGCCAGAGUCUGGGACCAAAAGGCCCAAACGAGAGGGCCAAGUGAUGAUACCCGAAGAUGGCGCCGAGUGUUCCCCGGCUAAAGGCUGUGACGACUCCCAUAUCUUCGACGAGCACCUCAGUCCUGCCAAGAAGGCUCGCAGCUCCACCAUGGGCAGGUUUCCCAAACAGGAAGCAGCGAUGCUUCCCCGAGAGGGAAACGCAGGUUUUUAUGAUAUGGACUCAUCAUCCUCAUCUUUCCCCUACCCAUCAUCCACCCCAACAACGUUGUCACGGCAAAUGCCUCUCGCUGCUAACGUGUCUCGGUCCCAACCUCAGGGUGUAACGGCUCCAUACUCAUCUACCUCUUCAUCUUCCUCAUCAUUGACCUCCGGCUCUUCAUCGUCUCACAGCUCCUCCUCCUCCUCCUCCUCCUCCUCGCAGCAGCAGCAGCAACAACAGCCGCCGACCUCUCACAACCAGUGCUUUCCCCGGGACAAGGACGCAGCGUUUUCAGGCGGUGGGCAGAACGGUGAGGAUCAGACUCCCGGUCCGUCCCCGGAAAAACUACGAUGGGGUGUGGACUACGCUCCCAAGGUACCGCUGAAGAACUAUGUGGUGCGACCAGCACCUCCUCCGAUGAUCCCAGAUUUUGUUACGAUGGAAAACGGUUCCCCACACCCGUUACCCCAUGGCUUGUGGAUGCUGGUGUUUCGCUACCUACCUCAGUCUGAGUUGGCGCGUCUGUCGUCCGUUUGCCGCACCUUCGACUGCUGGGUCCUUGACCCGAUCCUUUGGCUGGAGAUAAACCUGUCCCUGCGCAGCGUCAAGCAGACCCACCUCAAGUUUGUCAUGCUGCGGCAGCCUCAGUCGCUCAAGCUGGCCUCCUCCGUCAUCUCGUACGCCCAGCUGUCCUGGCUCAUCGCCCGGCUGCCGGGGCUGAAACUUCUGGACUUGUCCAACCUCUCCUGGGCGUCCAUCUGCGCCCUGUGCUCGUCAGACUGCCCCCUGCUUAAGUCGCUCAACCUCAGUUGGGCUACGGGCAUCCGCGACCUUUGUUUUCGGGAACUGGCUUCUCCGCCAGUCAACUUAAAACCUGGCCAGCGCAACAUUUCCCGACUGUGCCGAUUGGAGCGUCUGAGCCUGACGGGCACCGACAUCAACGACCAGAGUCUGGAGGUCAUUGCCGCACACCUGCCCAAACUGGCAGCCCUGGACCUGACCUGCUGCAUGCGGGUCACUGACCGCGGGAUCCGGGCUCUCGUGCAGCUAGGGGCUCCGUGUCACUUGCGAGAGAUACGACUGGUCAAGUGUGUCCAGCUGACAGAGCGCUGCCUCGAGUCCCUCGCCUCAUGCAGGGAGCUCAGCUUUCUGGCGCUGACAGACAUCCCGGCCAUCAGCCAGGAGGCUUGUGUUCGGUUCUCCAGAAACUACCGGCAUCGUACACUUCGGGCUCAUGCUCAUGGCAUCAUCAGUGACUAGUGGUGGUGUUGAACCUCAGGGAACUGCUGCACCUCUACAGGUGUUGGCAACUUUUCAGUAUAAUAAUAUAUUCUUCUAACCAUUGUUGCAAUACUACUAUAUUCAAUUAAUUGCUUUGACCAUCUGUCCAAAUGAAAAGAGCCUUAUUUAUAAUUGCUGUUUCACACUCGUAGAUGCAUCCCUCUGUUCUGAGGUGCUUUGUCUUUGACCAACAUAGUGUCACUUUACAUUUCUUGUAGUAGAUUAAUUUCUGAGCUCAUUGUUGAUGAGAAACAUAUGUAAUGAUGCAUCAUGGGGGAAAUCGGGGGCUCAUCAAAAUAAGUAAUUCAAAGAAACAGGCAUUUUUAUGCUUGUUCAUUAAUUUUUAUCGAGUUUUUGUUUUUUGGCUCAACACCUUUUGUAAAAAAAAAAAAGACUGAAUUUGACUGAAAAACAUUAAUUAAAGGCUCAACAAAACAUAACAGUUUUCAAGGACUCUUAUGCUUUGGAAGUAGCCAAACUUUGUCAGCUAUUUUCUCGCUAAUUUUGCCUCAUAAACCAGAUGAGCCCCACCUCAUUUAAUCGCAAAUAUCUUGACUUCCGUUCAAGAUAGAUGGAUUUUUUUUUGUUCAAAACACAACAAAUGAGCAAGGUUUAAGAUAUACCAGUAACUCCGUGUGCCCAAACGUUGACGAGCUCCUGAUACCCCCACGUCGUGACACAUAGGGUAUGAUCGCACGUGUACUGUACAUUUUUCAGCCUCUUCUGUUGUGAGUUGUUGUUGAACGAUCAGUUUAUUAUUAAAGACCUUGACCUAUUUUUUCUUGUGUUUGUCAUGCAGAUUUUUUACGAUUGCCCUUUUUUUGGUGUGAAAUGAUACACCUGCCGAUUAGAACCAGUGGUGAAGGCUUUUUAAUUUUAUAUGUUCAUUUCAUUUGUAAUCCCUUUUUUGUCCGUGUCUUGCAACAUUGGCAAUGCAUUUUUUGUGUGCUAAGUUACUGGUAUCUGGAUGAUAAAAUAUUAUAUCUGCAGUAUG